AUGAGCAUAUUGAAUUCUCUUCCAAUGGAUGUAACGGAUACAGGUAUCGACAUUAUAUCCAAUAUCAGUGACGGUGAAUUAAAAUAUAAUGGAGAAUCAUUUAGAGUUACUCAGGAGACGAAAAAUAUUAAAAUACAAGAAGAGUUUAACGAAGAGGAUAAUGAAAAUAAGGAUUUACAGAGAAAUAGUGAAGGUUACGAAAUGAUACCAAAUUUAACAGAAGCUAAAAAGGAGAGGAAAAGAGUAGCUUCUGAACAACUCAAAAUAAAUGAAAACAAACCAGGAAAACCAGAUGUAACGGAAAAGACAAAAAGGUCACAAACGAAGGAAGCACAGAAUCGACUGACGAACAAACAUGGAAUUAAGGAAGAAAAACAAGAAAACAAUAAAACAAAAGAAAGAACAGAGAAAAACAAGAACCAAAAGGACGGAAAAAACAAGUUCGAACUAGGAAAAACAAAAACAAAACAACCUUGGAAAGAAAAACAAAAACAAAAUCAAAACGAGAGGAGAGAAAAAACAACGAAAAAAACAAAAAGCACAGAUGUGCCACAGAAAAACGAAAAUAACGAAACGAUAAAUAAAAUAAAAAGAGCAAUGAUAAGAAAAGAGCAAGAAAACAUAAUCGAAGAAGACGAUGAAAAUAGAGAAUUUAAACAAAAUAUAAAUCAAUUACAGAAGGUUAAAAAUAAGGCGAAAAAUGAGGAAAAAGAGAAGAAUACAAUAAAAAUAAGAAACAAAUAUACAAAUAGGAAAGAAAACAGAGUAAGUGAAGAAAAUGUAUCACAAUCCAGUGGAAAAGGGCAGCAAAAUAUUGAUGGACACAAAAUUGUUAGUGACAGUGGAGAUGUGGAUGAGCGUUGGAGUGUGGAUAAUAAUGUGACGAGUGUGACGAAGGAGGAUAAAUCUAGUGAAGGCGAGAGAGGGUCGGUCGCAGUAGACAUGAACGGUGAGACUGUGACACAGGUAGUUGGUGAGGACAAGAUGGUAUCAGUUAGUGAGCACGAAUUUGUGGACAACGAACUACAGGGUGCAUCACGAGCACCCGAUGUAGGUUGGGAGUCACAAAUCGAAGCGACGCCUGAGUCAAUCGACCAGACCAGCUUGGAUGUGGAAACCAACACGGUUCCGAUGCCGUCAUUGACUGAGGACAGACUGCAGUCGGGUUCUGUGUCGGAUGCUGUACAGUCAAUGGGCCCACAUGAGGAGACAGGUUCACACGGAAACAACUCUGUCGGUCCGGAUGACAACAAGGUGGGUGAGGAAAAUGUGUCACAAUCCGGUCGAACGAGUCAUGUAGAUUUUGGUGGACACAGCACUGUUAGUGACAGUGGAGAUGUGGAUGAGCGUUGGAGUGUGGAUAAUAAUGUGACGAGUGUGACGAAGGAGGAUAAAUCUAGUGAAGGCGAGAGAGGGUCGGUCGCAGUAGACAUGAACGGUGAGACUGUGACACAGGUAGUUGGUGAGGACAAGAUGGUAUCAGUUAGUGAGCACGAAUUUGUGGACAACGAACUACAGGGUGCAUCACGAGCACCCGAUGUAGGUUGGGAGUCACAAAUCGAAGCGACGCCUGAGUCAAUCGACCAGACCAGCUUGGAUGUGGAAACCAACACGGUUCCGAUGCCGUCAUUGACUGAGGACAGACUGCAGUCGGGUUCUGUGUCGGAUGCUGUACAGUCAAUGGGGCCACAUGAGGAGACAGGUUCACACGGAAACAACUCUGUCGGUCCGGAUGACAACAAGGAGGGUGAGGAAAAUGUGUCACAAUCCGGUCGAACGAGUCAUGUAGAUUUUGGUGGACACAGCACUGUUAGUGACAGUGGAGAUGUGGAUGAGCGUUGGAGUGUGGAUAAUAAUGUGACGAGUGUGACGAAGGAGGAUAAAUCUAGUGAAGGCGAGAGAGGGUCGGUCGCAGUAGACAUGAACGUCAAUGGGCCACAUGAGGAGACAGGUUCACACGGAAACAACUCUGUCGGUCCGGAUGACAACAAGGAGGGUGAGGAAAAUGUGUCACAAUCCGGUCGAACGAGUCAUGUAGAUUUUGGUGGACACAGCACUGUUAGUGACAGUGGAGAUGUGGAUGAGCGUUGGAGUGUGGAUAAUAAUGUGACGAGUGUGACGAAGGAGGAUAAAUCUAGUGAAGGCGAGAGAGGGUCGGUCGCAGUAGACAUGAACGGUGAGACUGUGACACAGGUAGUUGGUGAGGACAAGAUGGUAUCAGUUAGUGAGCACGAAUUUGUGGACAACGAACUACAGGGUGCAUCACGAGCACCCGAUGUAGGUUGGGAGUCACAAAUCGAAGCGACGCCUGAGUCAAUCGACCAGACCAGCUUGGAUGUGGAAACCAACACGGUUCCGAUGCCGUCAUUGACUGAGGACAGACUGCAGUCGGGUUCUGUGUCGGAUGCUGUACAGUCAAUGGGGCCACAUGAGGAGACAGGUUCACACGGAAACAACUCUGUCGGUCCGGAUGACAACAAGGUGGGUGAGGAAAAUGUGUCACAAUCCGGUCGAACGAGUCAUGUAGAUUUUGGUGGACACAGCACUGUUAGUGACAGUGGAGAUGUGGAUGAGCGUUGGAGUGUGGAUAAUAAUGUGACGAGUGUGACGAAGGAGGAUAAAUCUAGUGAAGGCGAGAGAGGGUCGGUCGCAGUAGACAUGAACGGUGAGACUGUGACACAGGUAGUUGGUGAGGACAAGAUGGUAUCAGUUAGUGAGCACGAAUUUGUGGACAACGAACUACAGGGUGCAUCACGAGCACCCGAUGUAGGUUGGGAGUCACAAAUCGAAGCGACGCCUGAGUCAAUCGACCAGACCAGCUUGGAUGUGGAAACCAACACGGUUCCGAUGCCGUCAUUGACUGAGGACAGACUGCAGUCGGGUUCUGUGUCGGAUGCUGUACAGUCAAUGGGCCCACAUGAGGAGACAGGUUCACACGGAAACAACUCUGUCGGUCCGGAUGACAACAAGGAGGGUGAGGAAAAUGUGUCACAAUCCGGUCGAACGAGUCAUGUAGAUUUUGGUGGACACAGCACUGUUAGUGACAGUGGAGAUGUGGAUGAGCGUUGGAGUGUGGAUAAUAAUGUGACGAGUGUGACGAAGGAGGAUAAAUCUAGUGAAGGCGAGAGAGGGUCGGUCGCAGUAGACAUGAACGGUGAGACUGUGACACAGGUAGUUGGUGAGGACAAGAUGGUAUCAGUUAGUGAGCACGAAUUUGUGGACAACGAACUACAGGGUGCAUCACGAGCACCCGAUGUAGGUUGGGAGUCACAAAUCGAAGCGACGCCUGAGUCAAUCGACCAGACCAGCUUGGAUGUGGAAACCAACACGGUUCCGAUGCCGUCAUUGACUGAGGACAGACUGCAGUCGGGUUCUGUGUCGGAUGCUGUACAGUCAAUGGGCCCACAUGAGGAGACAGGUUCACACGGAAACAACUCUGUCGGUCCGGAUGACAACAAGGAGGGUGAGGAAAAUGUGUCACAAUCCGGUCGAACGAGUCAUGUAGAUUUUGGUGGACACAGCACUGUUAGUGACAGUGGAGAUGUGGAUGAGCGUUGGAGUGUGGAUAAUAAUGUGACGAGUGUGACGAAGGAGGAUAAAUCUAGUGAAGGCGAGAGAGGGUCGGUCGCAGUAGACAUGAACGGUGAGACUGUGACACAGGUAGUUGGUGAGGACAAGAUGGUAUCAGUUAGUGAGCACGAAUUUGUGGACAACGAACUACAGGGUGCAUCACGAGCACCCGAUGUAGGUUGGGAGUCACAAAUCGAAGCGACGCCUGAGUCAAUCGACCAGACCAGCUUGGAUGUGGAAACCAACACGGUUCCGAUGCCGUCAUUGACUGAGGACAGACUGCAGUCGGGUUCUGUGUCGGAUGCUGUACAGUCAAUGGGGCCACAUGAGGAGACAGGUUCACACGGAAACAACUCUGUCGGUCCGGAUGACAACAAGGAGGGUGAGGAAAAUGUGUCACAAUCCGGUCGAACGAGUCAUGUAGAUUUUGGUGGACACAGCACUGUUAGUGACAGUGGAGAUGUGGAUGAGCGUUGGAGUGUGGAUAAUAAUGUGACGAGUGUGACGAAGGAGGAUAAAUCUAGUGAAGGCGAGAGAGGGUCGGUCGCAGUAGACAUGAACGGUGAGACUGUGACACAGGUAGUUGGUGAGGACAAGAUGGUAUCAGUUAGUGAGCACGAAUUUGUGGACAACGAACUACAGGGUGCAUCACGAGCACCCGAUGUAGGUUGGGAGUCACAAAUCGAAGCGACGCCUGAGUCAAUCGACCAGACCAGCUUGGAUGUGGAAACCAACACGGUUCCGAUGCCGUCAUUGACUGAGGACAGACUGCAGUCGGGUUCUGUGUCGGAUGCUGUACAGUCAAUGGGGCCACAUGAGGAGACAGGUUCACACGGAAACAACUCUGUCGGUCCGGAUGACAACAAGGAGGGUGAGGAAAAUGUGUCACAAUCCGGUCGAACGAGUCAUGUAGAUUUUGGUGGACACAGCACUGUUAGUGACAGUGGAGAUGUGGAUGAGCGUUGGAGUGUGGAUAAUAAUGUGACGAGUGUGACGAAGGAGGAUAAAUCUAGUGAAGGCGAGAGAGGGUCGGUCGCAGUAGACAUGAACGGUGAGACUGUGACACAGGUAGUUGGUGAGGACAAGAUGGUAUCAGUUAGUGAGCACGAAUUUGUGGACAACGAACUACAGGGUGCAUCACGAGCACCCGAUGUAGGUUGGGAGUCACAAAUCGAAGCGACGCCUGAGUCAAUCGACCAGACCAGCUUGGAUGUGGAAACCAACACGGUUCCGAUGCCGUCAUUGACUGAGGACAGACUGCAGUCGGGUUCUGUGUCGGAUGCUGUACAGUCAAUGGGGCCACAUGAGGAGACAGGUUCACACGGAAACAACUCUGUCGGUCCGGAUGACAACAAGGAGGGUGAGGAAAAUGUGUCACAAUCCGGUCGAACGAGUCAUGUAGAUUUUGGUGGACACAGCACUGUUAGUGACAGUGGAGAUGUGGAUGAGCGUUGGAGUGUGGAUAAUAAUGUGACGAGUGUGACGAAGGAGGAUAAAUCUAGUGAAGGCGAGAGAGGGUCGGUCGCAGUAGACAUGAACGGUGAGACUGUGACACAGGUAGUUGGUGAGGACAAGAUGGUAUCAGUUAGUGAGCACGAAUUUGUGGACAACGAACUACAGGGUGCAUCACGAGCACCCGAUGUAGGUUGGGAGUCACAAAUCGAAGCGACGCCUGAGUCAAUCGACCAGACCAGCUUGGAUGUGGAAACCAACACGGUUCCGAUGCCGUCAUUGACUGAGGACAGACUGCAGUCGGGUUCUGUGUCGGAUGCUGUACAGUCAAUGGGCCCACAUGAGGAGACAGGUUCACACGGAAACAACUCUGUCGGUCCGGAUGACAACAAGGAGGGUGAGGAAAAUGUGUCACAAUCCGGUCGAACGAGUCAUGUAGAUUUUGGUGGACACAGCACUGUUAGUGACAGUGGAGAUGUGGAUGAGCGUUGGAGUGUGGAUAAUAAUGUGACGAGUGUGACGAAGGAGGAUAAAUCUAGUGAAGGCGAGAGAGGGUCGGUCGCAGUAGACAUGAACGGUGAGACUGUGACACAGGUAGUUGGUGAGGACAAGAUGGUAUCAGUUAGUGAGCACGAAUUUGUGGACAACGAACUACAGGGUGCAUCACGAGCACCCGAUGUAGGUUGGGAGUCACAAAUCGAAGCGACGCCUGAGUCAAUCGACCAGACCAGCUUGGAUGUGGAAACCAACACGGUUCCGAUGCCGUCAUUGACUGAGGACAGACUGCAGUCGGGUUCUGUGUCGGAUGCUGUACAGUCAAUGGGGCCACAUGAGGAGACAGGUUCACACGGAAACUACUCUGUCGGUCCGGAUGACAACAAGGAGGGUGAGGAAAAUGUGUCACAAUCCGGUCGAACGAGUCAUGUAGAUUUUGGUGGACACAGCACUGUUAGUGACAGUGGAGAUGUGGAUGAGCGUUGGAGUGUGGAUAAUAAUGUGACGAGUGUGACGAAGGAGGAUAAAUCUAGUGAAGGCGAGAGAGGGUCGGUCGCAGUAGACAUGAACGGUGAGACUGUGACACAGGUAGUUGGUGAGGACAAGAUGGUAUCAGUUAGUGAGCACGAAUUUGUGGACAACGAACUACAGGGUGCAUCACGAGCACCCGAUGUAGGUUGGGAGUCACAAAUCGAAGCGACGCCUGAGUCAAUCGACCAGACCAGCUUGGAUGUGGAAACCAACACGGUUCCGAUGCCGUCAUUGACUGAGGACAGACUGCAGUCGGGUUCUGUGUCGGAUGCUGUACAGUCAAUGGGGCCACAUGAGGAGACAGGUUCACACGGAAACAACUCUGUCGGUCCGGAUGACAACAAGGAGGGUGAGGAAAAUGUGUCACAAUCCGGUCGAACGAGUCAUGUAGAUUUUGGUGGACACAGCACUGUUAGUGACAGUGGAGAUGUGGAUGAGCGUUGGAGUGUGGAUAAUAAUGUGACGAGUGUGACGAAGGAGGAUAAAUCUAGUGAAGGCGAGAGAGGGUCGGUCGCAGUAGACAUGAACGGUGAGACUGUGACACAGGUAGUUGGUGAGGACAAGAUGGUAUCAGUUAGUGAGCACGAAUUUGUGGACAACGAACUACAGGGUGCAUCACGAGCACCCGAUGUAGGUUGGGAGUCACAAAUCGAAGCGACGCCUGAGUCAAUCGACCAGACCAGCUUGGAUGUGGAAACCAACACGGUUCCGAUGCCGUCAUUGACUGAGGACAGACUGCAGUCGGGUUCUGUGUCGGAUGCUGUACAGUCAAUGGGGCCACAUGAGGAGACAGGUUCACACGGAAACAACUCUGUCGGUCCGGAUGACAACAAGGAGGGUGAGGAAAAUGUGUCACAAUCCGGUCGAACGAGUCAUGUAGAUUUUGGUGGACACAGCACUGUUAGUGACAGUGGAGAUGUGGAUGAGCGUUGGAGUGUGGAUAAUAAUGUGACGAGUGUGACGAAGGAGGAUAAAUCUAGUGAAGGCGAGAGAGGGUCGGUCGCAGUAGACAUGAACGGUGAGACUGUGACACAGGUAGUUGGUGAGGACAAGAUGGUAUCAGUUAGUGAGCACGAAUUUGUGGACAACGAACUACAGGGUGCAUCACGAGCACCCGAUGUAGGUUGGGAGUCACAAAUCGAAGCGACGCCUGAGUCAAUCGACCAGACCAGCUUGGAUGUGGAAACCAACACGGUUCCGAUGCCGUCAUUGACUGAGGACAGACUGCAGUCGGGUUCUGUGUCGGAUGCUGUACAGUCAAUGGGGCCACAUGAGGAGACAGGUUCACACGGAAACAACUCUGUCGGUCCGGAUGACAACAAGGAGGGUGAGGAAAAUGUGUCACAAUCCGGUCGAACGAGUCAUGUAGAUUUUGGUGGACACAGCACUGUUAGUGACAGUGGAGAUGUGGAUGAGCGUUGGAGUGUGGAUAAUAAUGUGACGAGUGUGACGAAGGAGGAUAAAUCUAGUGAAGGCGAGAGAGGGUCGGUCGCAGUAGACAUGAACGGUGAGACUGUGACACAGGUAGUUGGUGAGGACAAGAUGGUAUCAGUUAGUGAGCACGAAUUUGUGGACAACGAACUACAGGGUGCAUCACGAGCACCCGAUGUAGGUUGGGAGUCACAAAUCGAAGCGACGCCUGAGUCAAUCGACCAGACCAGCUUGGAUGUGGAAACCAACACGGUUCCGAUGCCGUCAUUGACUGAGGACAGACUGCAGUCGGGUUCUGUGUCGGAUGCUGUACAGUCAAUGGGGCCACAUGAGGAGACAGGUUCACACGGAAACAACUCUGUCGGUCCGGAUGACAACAAGGAGGGUGAGGAAAAUGUGUCACAAUCCGGUCGAACGAGUCAUGUAGAUUUUGGUGGACACAGCACUGUUAGUGACAGUGGAGAUGUGGAUGAGCGUUGGAGUGUGGAUAAUAAUGUGACGAGUGUGACGAAGGAGGAUAAAUCUAGUGAAGGCGAGAGAGGGUCGGUCGCAGUAGACAUGAACGGUGAGACUGUGACACAGGUAGUUGGUGAGGACAAGAUGGUAUCAGUUAGUGAGCACGAAUUUGUGGACAACGAACUACAGGGUGCAUCACGAGCACCCGAUGUAGGUUGGGAGUCACAAAUCGAAGCGACGCCUGAGUCAAUCGACCAGACCAGCUUGGAUGUGGAAACCAACACGGUUCCGAUGCCGUCAUUGACUGAGGACAGACUGCAGUCGGGUUCUGUGUCGGAUGCUGUACAGUCAAUGGGGCCACAUGAGGAGACAGGUUCACACGGAAACAACUCUGUCGGUCCGGAUGACAACAAGGAGGGUGAGGAAAAUGUGUCACAAUCCGGUCGAACGAGUCAUGUAGAUUUUGGUGGACACAGCACUGUUAGUGACAGUGGAGAUGUGGAUGAGCGUUGGAGUGUGGAUAAUAAUGUGACGAGUGUGACGAAGGAGGAUAAAUCUAGUGAAGGCGAGAGAGGGUCGGUCGCAGUAGACAUGAACGGUGAGACUGUGACACAGGUAGUUGGUGAGGACAAGAUGGUAUCAGUUAGUGAGCACGAAUUUGUGGACAACGAACUACAGGGUGCAUCACGAGCACCCGAUGUAGGUUGGGAGUCACAAAUCGAAGCGACGCCUGAGUCAAUCGACCAGACCAGCUUGGAUGUGGAAACCAACACGGUUCCGAUGCCGUCAUUGACUGAGGACAGACUGCAGUCGGGUUCUGUGUCGGAUGCUGUACAGUCAAUGGGGCCACAUGAGGAGACAGGUUCACACGGAAACAACUCUGUCGGUCCGGAUGACAACAAGGAGGGUGAGGAAAAUGUGUCACAAUCCAGUCUUAUGGAUAUUGGUGUUUUUCUUUAA